AUGUAAAGUCAAUAGAAGAAUAUUGUCAACAUUGUCAUUAUCGGUGAUUAAGGGUAUAUAUAACCUAAUAAAUAUAUAGAGCAGGUAAAACAACACUUUUCAAUCAAGCUACUACUGGUGAAUUCACUCCUCAUUAUUAUGCAACAAUUGGAAUAGAUGUAAGAAUAAAAGAAGUCACUAUUGAGGGUUUUUAAUAUCAUUUAUAGGUAAAACAUUUAUUAAAUCUUCUAGUUUUGGGAUACAUCAGGAUAGGAGAGAUUCUAAAGUAUAAGUUAAGCAUAUUACAGGAAAUCUGAAUGCUGUGUCAUAGUUUAUGAUUUAACUUAUCCAGAGAACUACAACAAUGUUAAGGGUUGGAUGGAAAGUUUUUCUCGUGUUUGUUAAUUAGAUCCUGAAAAAAAAAAAUACCCUUUCGUUAUAGUAGGGACUCAUUUAGAUAACUUAAAAGAAGUAUAAGAACUAAAUUUUGAUCAGUCAGAUAAUAUUCAAUCUUUUUAGAUUUCAUUAAAGGAUAAUAAUUCAGUGUAACAAAUAAUAUAAGCCAUUAUUAAUGGUGCUGUAAUAGAAUAACACAAGAGAAAUAAAUAUUUAGAGAAAGCUAAAUCCAAUCCUAUUUGUUAAAAGUUUAUAAAUUAAAUCAUAUUAGACAUAGAGAAACUAAAUGAUUUUAUGACUUUACUGUAAUCAGGUAAAAAACAAAUAGUUGAAAACUAUGAUCAAUUAAUUAAUAAUGUAGGAAAAUGGUAAAAGGAAUUGAAAGAUCUUAAAUAAUUUUAUUAAAGUUCAACUUUUAUAGAGAAAUUAGAAUCGUCAAAUUUUUCAGAUGAGUUGUUGUUUGAAUAAGAAUCAAUAUCAUUUAAUGAUAAAAUAUAAUAAGUUAAUCAAUAGAACUCAGAAAAAUCAGAAAAGAAACUUAAAGAUUUCAGUAUAGUAAUAGAAGAGGCUACUAAAUUGAAAGUUGAGUUCAAUAAUAAAAAACCAAAUUGACAAAGAAAAAUG